GUCAAUUGCGCUGCACCGCAUAGCAUCUAGCGCGGGGCAGGCAAGGGCUUGUGGGAGAAAGCGUGUGGCACUGACACUGUGAGCAGGCACGCAAUUGCGUCGCUCCCAGUGUAUCCGCGAUUACAUAAUCCACCGCCUAAUCUGCCCGUCUCGAAUGUUCGGCCUGGUGCUGUCUGGUGACAUUUCAUAUGUCUUGAAAAACACAUCCUUGCACAGAGACGGUAAACAUCUACGUUAUGUCCAACCAGUCAGGAAUCAACUGUUCUGUGGAGCUUGUGGAUGCAUUUAAGGAUUAUGUUGCCGGCUCGGAGCGGGCAUUUUUGAUGUCCAUUGAAGACGAGCGGGUGGUGCCCAAGGGCGUGGUCGCAGGUUCUGGCGACUUGAGACGGGACCUUGAUCUGUUGCAGAAUGCAGUGGCCGACCAGGCGGUGUAUUUAGUGGUGCGCAACGACGACAUAUCGGGUAAAUUCAUAUUCAUCUCGUUUGUGCUGGACAACGCCCCGGUGAGAAGUAAGAUGCUGUAUGCCUCGACGAAAAAUACUGUGAUUAGACAGCUGGGGGUGGAAUUUUUCCACCCAAUUGUGUUUAUUAACGACAAAGAUGAACUGAGUGGGGAUGCGUAUGAGACUCUGCUUGGCACAGAGGGCGCAAAGCCACUAAGCUCAAGCGAGGAGUCGCUGGCUGCAGUGAAGCAGAUGGAGCUGCUAAAUGGGGGUGGUAUCGAGAGACGGAAACAGCAGCUAGUCGGCACCGGUUCAAGCGGACUGAACAUGAGCGUGGAUGGCCACCUGCUGGAUAAUCUUAGAAGGCUGGAUACGGGCCAGACCGCGACGAUUGUCAUCAGCGGGGACGAGCAGUUCCGCGUCGAUGGCACCGCCACUGCUACGGGGCUCGGCGACAUUGCCUCCACAAUCCCCACACAUUCCCCCACGUAUACGGUUGCCCGCUUUGGCAACGGAUACUACUUUGUCUACUGCUGUCCGUCCGGCUCGAGAGUGCGCGACCGCAUGGUGUACGCGUCGAGCAAACAGGGCUUGUUGAACGACCUGAAAAGCGGUGGCAUUGACUUUAUAAAAGUGGUGGAAGUGGGCGACCCAGACGAAAUCGUCGCCGACGAAAGACCCCUGCCGGCCCCUGCUGCCCAAACUUUCCACAAGCCAAGAGGCCCAAGAAGAAGAUAGAGGUAUUUAGUUGUUCUGAUCGGUCCAGAGAGUGUCCUUUGCUGACUCGGAGUUGUACUUGACGAGUUUUUUGCGCUUGCCCGGGUUUUCCACAGCGCUGGUGGUGCGGGCGAGUCUUUUUUUGGUUUUCUUAGCUCCGUAGCUGCCUUUGAGCGUGUUCAUGUCUGUGAAGAUGAUCUGAAACUUGCCCGAGCCGGGCUCUGGCCGUCGGCGCGGUGGCGGCACGGGUUUCUGGUCCUGAAAGAUGCCAAUCACAGGCUCCAUAUUGGACGCCGACUUGACCAGCUGGCACGGCACGCUUUUGAACUGCGACUUCGCCACCGGCGUCGGCGACAUUUGCGGGGCGGGGUUUUGUUUCUGUGCAGAUGCAAGAACAAUCGUCGACGGCGAAGAUUGGUGGUGGUCCUUGAGAGGCGUCUUAAAAUUGCUCGGCGUGUUUGUCUUAGCACUCAGCCGUCUCACGCUCGUGCUUUGCAGCAGCUUCGGCGUAUGGACAAGCUCGUGCAGCGGCGUCUUGAAGUUCGGCGUAUCCAUGUUGGCAAACAGCGGGUGAUUUUCUUUGUUGUCGUUCUCGAUGGCUAGCAGCGCAUUGAGGUCGUACUGGUUCAUGGUGGGCGUGUCGAUAAAGAAGUCCGACAGCUUGAGCGUCUUGUCGGGCGCGGGCGUUCGCAUUUCCUGCGUCUCGAAGUUGCCCGGCGAGGACCCCGGCGCGCGCGUUCGCUCCAUGUUGGUCAUAAACACCUUGUCGAUGUAGGGCGUCCAGCCGGUGCCCGACACCUGCGACGUCGCGGUUGCCGGCGGCGGCGGCUGCACGCUGGCGUCCUCAAAUAGCUGGUCAAACAGUUUGGACGGCGAUGAGCUCAGAUAAUCAUGGCGGGUCAUAGCUGGGGCAGCAAACAAGGGUCUGUUUACUGUUUCACAAGCAAAAAUUAGGUAAACAAAUAAUUUGAUCGUGCUCCAAGCCACAGGAGGAGCGGAAGGUUAGAAUGCUGCGCCACACGCAAAAAAUAAGUAAACAAAUGCCUAGGGACCCGGAGUACACCGAUUACACGGAGGAGACGGCAGAAGAUGACUCCGUGGGGGCCGAGGACCAGAAUGCCCGCCC